CACAAGAUCAAGCCAAACCCAUGCCGAUCCCCACACCACAACAAUCACCACACGUCAUCAACGAGCAAGAAGACCAGAGCAGUUCCUGUUCCUCCGACUCCUCCACCUCCACCUCCUCUCUCGCCAGCAUCGCCACGGAGCUAUACCUCCCCCACGAAACCUCCACCCACAAAGCAACCUACCACGUCCACCUCACCCCACCCACCGAUCCCAAGACCGGACCCCUAUUCAUCUGCCACCACGGCGCCGGCGCCUCUUCCCUCUCCUUUGCUCUCUUCGCCCACCACCUCCGCCAAACCCUCCCCACGGCAGGGAUCCUCUCGCUCUCCGCCCGCAACCAUGGCUCCACCGUUCUGGAUCCCACUACAUCCCUCCCAAUCCACGACUAUACUCUCCCCACCCUCACCAUCGACGCCCUAACCAUGAUAUCCCUCACCGCCACCUCUCAAUCCUGGCCCUCUAUCCCGCCUUGCAUACUAAUCGGCCAUUCCCUCGGCGGCGCAAUCGUCACAUCCCUCGCCACGACUCACUUCCGGUCCUUCAACUCCAAUCUCGUCGGCUACGCAGUCCUCGAUGUCGUCGAAGGUUCCGCUAUUGAAGCCUUGGGGCAUAUGAAAACCUACCUCGCGUCCCGCCCUUCCUCCUUCGCCAACAUCUCAGAAGCGAUACAAUGGCACAUCCGCACCCGCACCCUCCGCUCCCCGCAAAGCGCCGACAUUUCCGUUCCCAGCCUACUCGUCCCAGACACUACCAACCCCGAUCGACUCGUCUGGCGUACAGACCUCUCUCUCAUGUCCUCCUUCUGGCCCGAGUGGUUCACGGGCAUGUCCUCCUCCUUCCUCACCGGCCGUGGAGCGAAACUUCUCAUCCUCGCGGGCACAGACCGGUUGGACAAAGAAUUGAUGAUCGGACAGAUGCAGGGGAAAUUCCAAUUGGUCGUCUUACCGGAAGCGGGACAUUUUGUGCAUGAAGAUCGAGCGGAGAAAGUGGCGGGAUUGGUGGCGGAGUUUUGGAAGAGGAAUGAUCGGAGUGCGAUGGUGUUGCCGCCGAAAGUUACACAGAAGAGGACCACAACGACCUCGGUCACAACAUUCGUGCUUUAUGCAUGA